UGUUAUGGAAGUUCUGCUGGGUUCAGAGAACUAAUGCAGCUCUGCCUCUAUAUAAGACAGAGCAGAGGCGCCUUUCAGACCAGGCUCAGCUCCUCUCAGACCUCCAGCACACGGCUGCUCCUCUCUCCCUCUCUGUCCAUCUCUUUCCUUCUGCCUCUGCAUCCAUCCAGCUGGGAUCCAGUGAGGGAACCAUGAAGACUCUGUCUGCUGUUCUGUUCCUGGUGCUGCUCUGCUCUGUGCAGCUUGUCUACAGCAAUACACCAGGUCGUCCUUUUCCCUGUUGUAUGGAUUAUUACGACAAAAGGAUCCCACUGAGUCAGAUUGUCUCCGUCUCCGAGAUCAGCAGCAGCUGUCCUAAAAGAGCAUUAGUGUUUGUUAUCAAGAGAAACCGGUCUUUCUGUGUAAAUCCAGAGGAGGCCUGGGUCAGGAACCAUGUCAGUAAUCUGGACAACAGCAAGAACACUGACUGACAACAGCAUCCAUAAAAACAGCUGAGACCAUCAAUCAUGGAUCCAACCUCCAGUCUGACACUGAAGGACUGACCAGAAGAGGAGAUGAAACUCCUGAUGUUAGAUUGUUCACGUCAUCUGAUAUUUUAGCACGUUUUGUGUUUUGUCUCAAUUUUUACCCUUAUUCUUGUCAGAUAUAUGUAUGAUAUAUUUAUAUUCAUUUGCUUGGGUAAUAUACAGAUGUCAUAAUACUUAUUUGCUUGCAUUAAAAUCGUGUUUUAAGUUUUUAAGUUAAGUUAUCUCAAUUAUGCAGGUGUUUUUACUUAAAGUUCAUAUUUUAAGUGAAAUCAUAUUUUCAGCAAAUACAGUCAGUAUUUUAAGCUCUUUUACGAUAUGUGAUGUGAGUUAAAUAAAACAGUUGCUUUGUAAUUUUGUACUUGCAAAAAAAUUUCAUAAAGGUAGUGAAAAACACUAUAACAAUCUAGUUACCAACCGUUUCCAUGCAUUUAAAGAUUUUUUUACAGUAGCAAUCAAAAUUAGAAAACAAGUGACAUUUGUAAUUUAUGAAUAAAUAUAAUCCAUGAAUUGAA